AUGAUAAUUUUAUUUUAAGUAAUAUUGGGUCUCCUUAAUGGUAAUAAAAUAAAAUGUAUUAUUUAUGUUUAUCUCUUUUCUUUUGAUGAUCAAUCUCCUAUCUAAAUAGUUUUUUAGAAUCACAAAUUUUAAUAAAUGGAUUAGAUAACAAUAAAGAGUAUUAGUCUUUAAUUUUGAUUAAUAUAUGUAUGUAAGCAAAGUAAUAAUGUUUGAAUUGACUAGAACUUAAGGCAAAGAAAAAUGAAUUAUUUAUCAAAACUGUAUUAUGGUAGCAUAAUUUCUUAAAGACUUUUAAUAGGAGUCAUUCAUAAUUAUGUAUUUUUUCAGAUAAAUUGAUAAUCUCUUUAAACUCGGAAAGUAAUAAAAAGUUAAAAUUGUUCCUAAAUUGUGAUUUUUAAAAGGCGCUAAAUCGAUGCGCCACUAAUUUAUAAAUUUUAUUAUUUUAUAAUUCUUCUUAAUAAUAAAAAUAAAUGAAUAAUUGUUAGUCAAGCCCAAAAGGAAAAGUAUAUGAGAAAAAAUGUCCUGAAGCUCCGAGAAAAUAAUUAAAAUAGACAAGAAUUGAUGAUUAAUCUCUAAGAUCUGUUUGCAGAAUACUUUUUGUAAGUGAAACAAAACCUGAAAUUACUCUAACCUAAACUGUAUGA